GCUGUAUGGAAUGUCUCCAUUAACUUUUUUUGGGGAAUGAAGAGCAACAGUCUUCCAUCUCUCCUUAUCCUCGGCGGAUCAUCUGUUUCUUCUUCCAGAACCCUCCUAAUAACGGCGUUCCCAAUCUUGCUUAUGCUCAAAAAGCAUAGUCUUAAAACCAAAAUGUUUUUUACCAUUUUUUUCCCUUUCUUUUUCUUUUUUUUUUUUUUUAAAGAGCAGCUUCCAGAAGUUAUAAGGAGUCUGGAAGGGAAAACAAAUUGCCUUCCUCGACUCCCCCAAGACUAGCCACUUUAGAAAAUGUCCUCUCGUCCCUAAAACCCGCCCCCACAUAGGCAGGGUUUUUCUUUUGGGCAAACCUGCUGCUUGGGAAGGGAAAGGAAGGGAGGUGGCAAAACCUGUUUGAAGGUAAGGUUACCUCCCUUCCACACCUCCCUCCCCUUUGGAGACAAGAGCAACAACAGUGAGACAGAGAAAAAGACCACAGAAGUGCUGGGGAGCUGGGACAGCCAGCUCCCAGACAGCUGCAAGUGUUUAAGGGAGACAGGAAGACCUGUGAAGAUGGGAACCACGCAAGAAGUGGGAGAAAAAACGUUAGAUCUUGGGUAAGUAAGAUCUGGCUCACUUGAUUGGAAACAAGCAACGAAUAGUCUUGAGGGACUUUCCCACCAUUCAGCUCUGACCAGGGCAAAUCUUGGCUUCCUGGAAGAGACGUGACUGCAAGAGAAUGAAUUUGCAGGGAAGGGGUAGGGUGGCUCUAGGUAGGAAAUGGGGAACUGGGGGUUUCGGGAUAAUUCCCUAUCAUUUUGUUUUUAAAGGAAGCUUCUCUAUUUUGUGUCUGAUAAAACUGUGCCUGUUGUCUGUUUUCUAACACCCACUCCCCAGAAUGGCCCUCUGGAAAGCUGACCUAGAAAGAAAUUUAGGUUCAGGUACUCCUUUCCCAGCAGUCUGUCUCCCUCCUUACCUUCUUCCCCCACCCUUCCACCUCUGCCAUGGUUUUCCCUGACCACUCCCCAGUGUGGUGGAGGAAAGGCAGGCCUGACGAGGUGCCAUCUUCCCUCCCUAACUGCCUGGUGACAGCUGGGCGGGUCUGUCAGGUUCCAGCCAGGUGUAAUGUGGAAUAUCCCUACCCACUGUGUAAGCGGAGCAACACCACAGAGGGCCAGGGAGAAUGCUGAAGCAGUGGGGCCAGCCUCAUCCCUGAGACUUGGGGGACUGGAGCUGAAGGAGGAGUGGCAGGACGAAGAAUUCCCCAGGUUUCUUCCUGAAGAAGCGGACCCUUCUGAAGAUCCUGACGAUCCUGAGAGAGACUCACAGACAGGUACUCCCAGCACUUUAGCCUUGUGUGGCCCUCGUCCCAUGCGUAAGCGUCUUUCUGCGCCAGAGCUGCGACUGAAUCUGACUAAGGGGACUGGAGGCGACGGAACUUCUCCCACGUGCUCUGAACCUUCCUCUCCUGAUGGCAGUUCUGACCUGGACGUAGAUGAAGUGGAGACCCCGUCAGACUCGGAGCCCCUGGACAGUGGACAUGAAUUUGAAUGGGAAGAUGACCUGCCCCGGGCAGAGGGUCUGGGGGCCAGUGAGGCGGCAGAAAGGCUGGGCCGGGGUUGUGUGUGGGAUGUGGUUGGAGAAGAUGGCCGUCACUGGAGGGUGUUCCGGACAGGACAGCAGGAGCAGCGAGUGGACAUGACUGUCAUUGAGCUCUACAAGAAAGCCCUCUCUCAUGGAGGUUACCAUGGUGAUGGCCUCAAUGCUGUUAUUGUCUUCGCUUCCUGUUACCUACCCAGCAGCAGCAUCCCCAACUAUACCUAUGUCAUGGAGCACUUGUUCAGGUAUAUGGUGGGAACUCUGGAGCUGCUGGUCGCUGAAAAUUACCUGCUGGUUCACUUGAGUGGAGGCACGAGUAGGGCCCAGGUCCCACCUCUGGGCUGGAUGCGCCAGUGUUACCACACUCUGGACCGGCGGCUCCGGAAAAACCUGCGCGCCCUGGUGGUUGUCCACGCCACCUGGUAUGUGAAGGCAUUCCUGGCACUGCUUCGGCCCUUCAUCAGUUCCAAGUUCACACGAAAGAUCCGUUUUCUGAACAGCCUGGGAGAGCUGGCCCAACUCAUCUCCUUGGAUCAGGUUCACAUCCCUGAAGCUGUCAGACAGCUGGACCGGGAUCUCCAUGGCUCAGGAGGGACCUAGAGGAAGAUGGGAACCAAGGGCCUUAGAACCAAGCAAAGAUUAAUCUGCCUAUGCCCUAACCCUGAAACAUCUGGCCUGUUCCCUAAACCAUCUCAUCCUCAACCCCAGUACCACUGGACCUUCACAUUUCACUGGGGUGUCAUUCCUCUCAUGACCCUGCUUUCAAAGCAGGGCUCCAAGGUCCCGAACCUGAUCUGCCUGGUGAUCAUCAUUUCAGCUAGAGGGGUGCAUGUAGUGGCAUCCUGUACGGGAAAGGGGAAGGCUGUGGGUUUUGGUUCUGCUUCAGCUGCAGAACCUUGGGCAAAGAACUGCAUCAUUCUGAGUGUCCUUUUCCUCCCCUGUAAAUGAAGGUGCUAAGACCCUUUCCACCUGGGGCAUUCUAGCAGUCUGUGAAGCUCGGUGAGAGGUGGAGGGGAGAGCAGGGCUUAACUGACCACACAGCCUGCUGGGAACCAGGAGUCAGCUCCCUAAAUCUUGAAGAACCGCGGUUUCCUUCUUUGUCACAGCUGCUGCCUCUGAGUCUGGGAAGGAGUGCUUUCAAAACUUGUACUUUUGUCCUCUUGAAUCAAUUCAGAUCUGUAGCGGUUAAUAAACUGCGAUGCGAGAUUUAA